ACUCUACUCUCUACUCUCAGCUGUUACCAACAAUUGUUUUCUUAUUUGGAGUAAAUAAAUUAAAAACUACACAAAGAGAUAUUUUAACGCAUUAAAAAAUGGAGGAGGACGGAGAAAAUCGCAAGGAUCAUGUACUGGAGCGACUGAACAAGCGCAACAAGGACAGGCAGAACUAUUUGGAUGUGAAGCUGGAGCAGCGCUCCAAGGAAACGGUGCAGAACGAGGGCGUGGACUACUUUGCUCAGAGUUUCACCCAGCAGGCCUACGACAUUGAGCAGAGACUAAACGAAUUGAGCAGCGGCGAUGCACCGCCCGCCACGUCGGACUUGACCCAGAGAUUUGCUGCGAUAACCAUGCAGAUCCAGGAGCUGCAGCGCUACCUCACCGCCUCCACCAUGUUCCUCUCGGACUUCAAGAUCAAGUCUUGCCAGAACAUUCUGAACACGCUGACCGCCAGCAACGACGAGGCUCGUCAGCGUCUGAUGCCCAAGAAGAAGUUCGGUUUUAGUGGCAAAAAGACAGCGACUGCCAUCAAGCAGAAGCCGCCAGUAAUGAAGGAUAAAGUGGACUCAAGCACAACCAAAACCCCGGAGAAAUCGGGUUCCAACUUUAGCUGGACUCUGGAAAACAGGAAGAACGAGCAUAUAGUCCUCAACUCCACACAAGUCAAUGGACAGGACAUAACCAUAUCGAAUGUAAAUCACUGUUUGGUGGAACUGCAGGGACAUCCGGGAUCCGUUCAGGUUUCCCACGCCUCCCACUGCACCCUGCUGUGCGGUCCCAUUUCGCGUUCCUUCUUCGCCGAGAAUGUAGACCAGUGUACCCUCUCUAUUGCCUGUCAGCAGUUGAGAUUGCACUCCUCACAGUCCACUCGAAUUUACCUGCAUGUCACCUGUCGCGCCAUCAUUGAGGAUUGCAAGGCCAUCGAGAUCGGAGAGUAUAACUACGAUUAUCCCGAGCUGGAGGCGGACUAUUUGCAGUCGGGUCUGAACAAAUCCCAGAAUAACUACACAGAUGUGGCCGAUUUUAAUUGGCUUUCGCCGGAUGUCCCCUCGCCCAACUGGAGUCUGCUCAAGGAUCAUCCUGAUCCCAAUUGGAAUGCCCUGCGAAGGGAUUUCGUCAGCAAUAACCAUAAUAAUGAGCACAAGCAACAGCAGGGCGUAAUCAAUACGGUCAAGGAUCCUGCCUCCAUCAUCUAGUGGCGGCAUCAGCGGCGACUGCUUCUCGGUUGGCUGGCCUACGGACUAAUCCUCGGCUGGCUAAUCUGGCAGGUGCUGCUGGAGCCCUCAAUUCCCGAGAGAUCUGUGUAAAUAGAAUGUAAGAAUGUUGAAUAAAAGUGAACCUUGUAUUUGAAUAACUA